AUGUCCUCUCAUGUCAAACUCUCACGCCUACGCCCACGGGCACUGCACUCGACAGGCAUUGGGCAGACAGCCUUCCUUCAAAGGCGACUGCACCAUGAUUUCAACCACUUCGUGCGGACGGAGUCCGUAGAGGCGGCAUCAAUUGCCCCUCCAACAGCCGGCUCGACGAAGAGCUUCAAGCUGGCUGUGAAGGACAACAUCGCUACGCAGGACCUGCCGACGACAUGCUCCUCCGCCAUCCUCUCCUCCCACAAGAGUCCUUACGAGGCCACCAUCGUGCGCCAGCUCCGCGAACGAGGCGCACAUGUAGUUGGAAAGACGAACAUGGAUGAGUUCGGAAUGGGAUCGCACUCUCUGAACUCGAUACAUGGACCCGUGCUAAACCCGUUAUCUUCGACGCCCACCUCAGCUGGCGGAAGCUCUGGAGGAAGUGCGGUUGCGGUUCAGACGGGCGAUGCGGAUGUGGCUUUGGGUACAGAUACGGGUGGCUCGAUUCGUCUCCCAGCGGCAUACUGUGGAGUUGUGGGAUACAAACCGUCAUACGGCAUGCUUUCGCGAUGGGGUGUGGUGCCAUACGCCAACUCGCUGGAUACCGUCGGUCUGCUUGCGCGGGAGGUGGGCAUUAUUGAGGAUAUCAUGUUCAGCACUGGCCUAGAUGCCGAGCACGAUGCCCAAGAUCCCACGUCUAUAUCUAAGAGCUUCCGCAAGCGCCAACAAGAGCAGGAGGCGGAUCACCGCUCACGUCUAAGAAUUGGCAUUCCUCUCGAGUACAACAUCGAGGAACUCGAUCCCCAAAUUCGAGCAGCUUGGACAAAUGCGGCAAGCCUCCUUCAAAAGUCUGGCGUUGACAUCGUCCCUGUCUCCUUGCCGUCGACUAAACACGCCCUUUCAGCGUACUACGUCAUCGCCCCUGCAGAAGCGUCGUCCAACCUCGCCAAGUACGACGGCGUCCGCUACGGUACUCGCGGUGACGAGAGUGACGGCGCUGGCGAGGUCCUCUACUCCAAGACCCGCGGUCUCGGCUUUGGCGACGAGGUCAAGCGGCGCAUCCUCCUGGGUGCCUACAGCUUGAGCUCCGAGGCCAUGGAUAAUUACUUCAUCCAAGCACAGCGCGUAAGGAAGCUUGUGCAGAGGGACUUUGACCGUGUAUUCCGGCUAGAGAACCCCCUCUACGACCCGCAACAGUUUGAUCUGAGCGAUAUGAAGGAUGAAGUUGAGCUGCAGGACAAGCUUGGCCCAUCGCAGGUGGACUUCUUGCUGUGUCCCACGGCACCGACAUUCGCGCCCAGGAUUGAGGAGAUUAAGCAGCAGACGCCGGUGCAAGUCUACAUGAAUGAUGUCUUCACGGUACCUGCGAGCUUGGCUGGCUUGCCGGCUAUCAGCAUUCCGACCAAGGUCGAAUCGCCAGAAGCCAAUGCAGACGAUAGCCGCAAGGUGGCUGGUCUGCAACUGAUAGGCCAAUACUGGGACGACAAACGUCUCCUCGGUGUAGCCAAAACCCUUCUACGUCAGCUUUCUGCUUAA